AUGGAAGAAAUAAUGAAAGCAGAAGAGUGUCCGUGCAUAAUGAAAGAGGAAUCGCAAAGAGUAAAAAGCAUUGCAUUCCACCCAAGUAAGAAGGUAGUAAUUACAGGGCUGCACAGCGGAGCAAUUCAGGGAUGGAACUAUCUCUAUAAGACCAAGAUAUUUGAGCUGAAUGAGCAUGAAGGACCUGUCCGGGUGGUUGUUUUUCAUCACCUGGUGGAGAGAUUUGCAUCUGCAGGAGAUGACUGCCUAGUGCGGAUAUGGGACUAUAAGACGAAGUCUGUGGAGACCGUGUUCAAAGGGCACACUGACUAUAUCCGAUCAAUUGAGUUCCAUAAGCACCUUCCGUGGCUUAUUACGACAUCAGACGACCAGACCAUUCGUAUAUGGAAUUUCCAGUCAAAAAAACAAAUUGCGUGUCUGACAGGGCAUACACAUUAUGUGAUGUGUGCCAAGUUUAUAAAUGAUAAACUGUUUGCAAGUGUCUCUUUGGACCAAACCAUCCGGGCGUGGGACUACUCGGCGCUGAUAACAAAGAGCCAGACCAGUGUUAUGGACAUGCUUGGUGUCCCUGAGGUUGUUCUGAAGCACGUGAUGGAUGGGCACGAUAGAGGAAUCAACUGGAUAUCCGUGCAGCCAGAUGGAGAGACAUUUGCAACAGGAGGGGAUGACAGCACAAUUAGACUGUGGAGUGUGUCUCAGGAUGGAAUAAGUGAAAAAGACACCUUGCAGGGUCACCACAGCCAUAUAAGCUCGCUCUACUACACAAAGUCAAACACUCUGCUGAGUAAUAGUGAAGACGGGACAAUGAAAAUAUGGGACAUAAAGAGCAGGAAGCCCAUAAAAACAAUCACAGUCUCAGAUAACAGAUUCUGGUGCAUAGCCAUGAACCAAGAUGAAAAGAUAUUUGCAGCAGGACAUGACACUGGGUUCUCUAUAUAUUCAAUUGACCUGCUGUAUCCUGUGUAUGCAGUAGACGGUGAUGUUCUGUAUAUAUGCAGAGGGACAGAGCUAAGUAAAGUUGAGGAUGGAAAAAUAUCAAAGGUCAUGAACAUUCAGAAGGAUGCACAUGAGGUGUUUAUACACGAUGAGUCUGUAAUAGUAAAUUAUACGAGUAAAUACGCUGUGUGUAGAGGAAGUAAGGCACAGUAUAAAGGACUAGGCCAAGCAACCUUUUCUAAUGGAAAAAUAGCAGUCUGCACGGAGUCAGAGAUAGUAAUGAGAGAGCUUGAUGGGCGUGAUAUUGAGUCGUACACAAUUGAGGCAGAUAAGGUCUUUGAGGUUACACACGGCCUGUUGGCACUUAAGGGAAAGACACUAUUCAGAAUAGAGAAUGGAACCAUAGUGCACAGUGUAAUACUGCCAGAGCCAUGCAUGUUCGUUAGGCACAACGAGUCACAUAUAGUGGCAGUGUGCAGGAAUAACAUAGUAAUUCUUGAUUAUGCACUGGUGCAGACUGCCCUUAUAGAGGAGAUUGUUUCUAUAAAUAGUCUUAUACUGAAGGAUGAUUCUAUUUUCUAUACUACGCCAUUGCACAUUAAGUUUGCCUUUAUGAGCGGAGAGGGGUCUUCGUUCAUGUCAAUUGACGAGGCUCUGUGGAUUGUGGGUGUUGAUGAGAGCCAGUUCACUCUAAUAGCAGCAGACGGGUCAGUCAUAGAUAUAGAGAUGGAUAUGAUUGAGUGGAAGUUUAGAAAGGCCUUGGAGGACAUGGAUAUGAAUAGCAUUCGGGAGUGUAUAUCUACAGGCUCGUUGAUUGGGCAGGCCUCUUUAUCUUGCUUAAUACGCAAGGGGUUCUACGAGGAGGGCCUUAACUAUGUUGAAGACACAGGAGUGAGGCUUGAGCUGUCAAUUAAGACAAAAAGAUUCAAGGAGGCUCUUGGAUAUGCCAAGGAGCUACACUCCCCUGAAGUGUACAUUAAGACAGGAAAGGCUGCAAUUAAUCACGAUGUAGAUGUGGCUGAGGAGUGCUUCAAGCUUGCAAAAGACUUUGCACUGCUUCUUCUUCUGUACAUUUCAAGCGGGCAGAUCAGCAAAAUUGAUUCAAUCUUAUUUGACUGUCCUGAUGAGAUGUACAGCGCAAUAGCAGCAAUUGUCACUGGCAACAAAGAAAGGCUCUGCAAGCUAAUAUCACUCGAGGGCCCAGCAGUUACAAUAGAUGCACAGACCAUCUCAGAAACAGACUAUUCUGCACGGUCUGACAGCGUAAAAACACAGAUUCCGCAAGAAGAGGUUUAUAAUGAGCCUCUCUUUACAUCCGAGUCGCAGGAUGGUGCGGAUACAGAGAGUGAAGAGGUGCUUACAAUUAAAGAGCUAGAUGAGGAGUGUGCAGAUACUCCCAUGUCUGAAGAAGAAAGCAAGGAAGAAGACAGUAAUGACUGUGUGUUCCCAUCGAUAAACCAAGAAAGGCUUAAGAGAUGCAUGCAGAAUAUUCCAAAUGAUAUAAACAUUGAGAGAGAGCUAAUGAUAGCAAAAGAUUGUGUUGCAAGCGGAAAGGUUUCUGUGGGAAUAAACAGCCUUCUAAUAACAAUCCAUCACUUAGUUAGCUCAAUGAUUGAAAGAAAAGAGAAAAAUCCCAAGGACAUGGAAAUUCUCAAGACUACCUCAGAGUACCUUCAAGGACUGUUUGCAGAAAAGAUUAAGAAGACCACACAGUCAGAUAAAACAAGCAUCUCAUGCGCACUUUUCUUUGCAUCGCUAAACAUCUCUAAGGAGCAUAAGGAGAAGCUACUGAAGUCUGCCCUUUUGACCUGCUAUAAAAAAGGCAACAAGCACAGUGCAAUGGAACUUGCCCAGGAGAUUGUGAAUACCUACAACUGCACAGAUGAAAGAAUCAAAACUCUAGCAGAAUCGCAGAAGCCAAUGAAAGAUGCGUACGUUAUAGACACUAGUCUUCCCUUCUGUAUAGACAUGGGAGAAUACUCUGAGGAUGCAAUACAGUGCAAAAUAUGCAGUGCAUGGUCGUCUAGCAAGUGUGCAACAUGCGCAUGCUGCUUUAUUUCUAACCUGCAAUAA